AUGAGUGCAGCGGCCGGCUCGAGUGCGGCAGGCGGCAGUGCGGCAGCGGCGGCGGGCAGCAGCAACGGUGCGCCCAACAAUGUCUUCUCGCACUACGUCCGCCUCAGCAGCGCCAUCGACUACCUGACCGUGGCGCAGCUCAAGGCGGUGCUCAAGGAUCUCUCCUCGUCGUCGGCGUCCGACUCGCGCAUCAAGAUCUCGGGCAACAAGCCGCAGCUGCUCGACCGGCUGCGCGAGUUCUUCGAGGCGGCGCACGAGACGCGCAACGUCGAAAAGUUCAACGAGUUCCGCCGCAUCAUGGCGCUGCACUGGGGCCAGGCCGCGCUGCCGGACUGGGCCGCGGGUGUCGCUGCGGCGCCUCCGCCGAAGAAGAGCUACGGCGGCGUGCCGGCCGCCAAGCUCGGCGGCUCGGCGGUGGCGUCUGGCUCGGGCGCCGGCUCCUCCGCGGCGGCGCACGCCGGCCACGCAGCCCUGGCUCGCAAUGCGAGCGCGCCUGUGUCGCGCCCGCGUUUCCGCCCCUCGCCGUUCUACCACGUCGCAGAAUGGGCCAGCCCGAACACACAGCUCGUUGAGGCCUUUGGCAAUGAGCGUCGCGCUGCAACGAUCCGCUUCCAGACUACAGCAACGCAGCGCGCCCUGCUGGCUGCCGACCCCACGCACUACAGCUACCGUCUCUUCAUCGCGCCCAAGCCGGCGUGGGACGCCGCGUCGAUCUCGCACGGCAGUCCGUGUCUGAUCGACUUUCCCGCGUCGUCCGAGCUGCUUAUCAACAACAUCCGCCACCCGGCGACAUUCAAGGGUAACAAGAAGCACCCGGGCCGUGUGCCGCCGCCGGAUCUCAAUGCGCGCAAGAGUCUCUCGACGCGCGAGGGCCAGUGGAACAGCGUCAUGCUCAACUACGCGAGCGACAAGAAUGGCGGCAGCUACGUGGGCAAAUACGUCAUGGCAAUUGCACUGUGCAAGAUCGCCACGCCCGAAGAGCUCGUCGAGACGCUCAAGGCCACGCACACCAAGUCCAAGGAGCAAGUGGUGCUCGGCAUGCGCUCUGCGGCCGAGGACGACGACAUCGAGGCCGGCGCACAGACGUUCCGCUUCACGUGUCCGCUGUCGUACGUGCCCAUCUCGACGCCCGUGCGCUCGACGAUCUGCCCGCACGCGCAGUGCUUCGACGCGCUCGCCUUCUACUCGAUGAACUCCGUCACGCCGACGUGGGAGUGCCCCGUGUGCUCGCAGAACUUCAAGCCGGAGAACCUCUUCGUGGACGGCUAUGCGCAGGACAUCCUGCGGCGUGUGCCGUCGGCCAAGGAGCGUGUGCUGGUCGAGCCUGAUGGCGUGUGGCACACCGAGGACGACCGCUUCAAGUCCACCAACGAGGAGGCGGCGCGCCUGGCCGCUGCGGCCGAGGCCGGCGCGGCAGGUGCCAGUCAUGCGAGCAGCCGCAAUGCCAGUGCGGAAGAGGCAGAGGCUGGCGGCUCGGGUGAUGCAGGGCCCAGCCGCGCAAGCAAGGCAGCUGCACCCGUGCUCGUCCUCGAAGACACGCCCUCGCCGGGCGGUCCGGCACGGGCAGCGCCGGCUGCUCCUGCCGUGCGCCUCGAGAGCGCCGCCGCUCCGCCUCGUGCAGCCAUGGCCCGUGCGGCGCCUGCUCCCGCCGCUGCCGCUCCAGCGCCGCGUCCCAGCGCGCAGCCCGGCCCGGCCGUCAUCGACCUGACGCUCGACUCGAGCGACGAGGACGACGAGCCGCCGCCGCCGCCGCCGCCUCGCAUCGCGCCGCCUGCGCGCAGCGAAAGCGCACAGGCAGGAGCGCGCUCAGCCAGUGCCGUGCGCUUCGGCGCGGCGGCUGCGGCGGCGCAGAAUGCCUUUGGCAGCUCGAGCGCUGCACAGGCCAACGGCAGUGGUGCCGCAAACGGCUACGCGCGACGUCCGUCCGCCAUCGCUGCCGCGGAAGCCGGACACUCGAGCGAGGAGAGCGAAGGCCCGCGCCGGCCGUACAAGCGCCAGCGCCUGCAGCUGCAGCAAAACGACGACGAGUUCCCCGACGACGGCGACUUCUCGGACGACACGCCGCUGGCGGCGCUGUACCAGCGCAACGGCACGGGCAGUGGCGGCGGCGGCAAUGGCGCCGCGCCACGCCCCUCGGACGGCCACGGUGCGUCUCGGAGCGGCGGCCGCAUUGAGCACGCGGUGGUGCGCGCACGCACGAGCGACGCCGGGGAGGGCGGCAGCGGCAGCGGCAGCGGAGCGCCGGCGCCGCAAGGCAUGCGCCGCCAUGUUUCGGCGACGCAUGGCGGAGCUGCGGAUGGGCAGCACGGCUUUGCGCACUGGCGCGGCGAUGGCGGCGAUGCCGGCAGUGCCUGGCGCCGGGUUGCGGCCCCGCCUGCGGCACCGGGCUCGGGCUGGCGCAGUGCCGAGGGCGCACAGCGCGAGUACCAGCUGGCGCAACAGCAGCAGAGCCAGCGCGUCGCCUCGCAAGAGGCGGCGGACAAGGAGCGCGAGCGCGAGGCGCAGCGCGCCCGCGACCGCGCCGAGAUCCACGCCGCCGUGGCGGCGGCGAUAGACGAGGACGAGGAGCAGGAGGCGGCUCUGGCGCGCGACGCCGAGAUGCGGGCGCUGGAGGCGCGGCACUAG